AUGCUCGGUCGGCUUGGAAUGACCGUGGAUGAAUGCAUUCGAGUGUACCGAACCGUUGGGAAGCGUGUUUUAAUUCACAAAAAACACGCCAUUAUCCCAGUGCGGUCUAAUGGAGCUUUCUCGGCUGGGGUAUUCGAGGAAGCCAUAAAACAGACUGUCAGAGAGUUCUGCACGAACGAAGAAUGUGUCAACCGUCGGCGCAAUGGCCUCUCGACAACAUGCCAGCACUCUGAUCUCCCCUUCCGCGAUCAGACAUGCACCAAAACAGUUGUUCUUGCCUUAACGAAGGUAAAUGUCACCGCACGACCUACGCUCUUCCGAACAUAUGACCAAUCAACUUCGUUGAAUGGUUGUACUAUUUGGCAAGUGGCACGGGCUACCUCGGCUGCGACCACCUUCUUCAAACCAAUGAAACUUGGUCGAGAUGAGAUUGAGGAUAUUGAUGCUGGACUUGGGUAUAACAACCCAUGCGACAAGCUUAUUGGCGAAGCUAAGAACGCGUUUCCUGGACGUACCAACUUGCAGAUUCUGAGCAUCGGAACCGGCAUUUGGAACGUGAUAGAGAUAAAUGAUAAACGCCCGUCUGUUAUUGACGCAAUGCAGAAGAUGCAGAAGAUGGCGAUAUGCGAAGUCAACUUUGCAAAUACUUUCCGGUCAGCGACAACGGUGUCCUCUUGA